CGUUCAUUUACCUAUGUAACCGCAAAAUCAUUUUCAACCAAAAAAAGACGUAAUAUUACUCUUCCUCAAUCACCUCCUGAAAAUACAUAUCUAGGGUUUUAGAACCCAAACCGAAGUAGAACCAUGGCUUCCGAUGACGAGAUUGAGAAGACGCAAGAAGAGCGCAAAAAGUUGGAGAAGCAACUCGCCUCUCUCACUGAACUCACCUUCGACACCGAUCUCUAUGGCGCAAGCGAUAAAGACUCAUACCUCACUUCAAUCCCCGCUACCGAGUACGACGAGAAUCUCGACGCAGAUAACGAGGCUGCUCGCAAAAUGCCUUCAUACACCGCCCCCAAAUCCGUCUUGAAAGACAUGCCUUCCGCCGGUAAUGAUGCUGAGGAGACCCGAUUCGGAAAGCCUCAGAGAAUUAUUGAUAGGGAAGAUGAUUACCGUAGGCGUAGGUUGAACCAGCUUCUUUCGCCGGAUAGGCAUGAUGCUUUUGCUGCUGGAGAGAAGACGCCGGAUCCGUCGGUGAGGACUUAUGCUGAUAUUAUGAGAGAGGAAGCGUUGAAGAGAGAGAAGGAGGAGACUUUGAGGGCUAUUUCGAAGAAGAAGAAGGAAGAGGAGGAAGCUGGACCGGAGAAGGCUCAGCAGCAACAGCAGAAGAGGAGGAACAGGUGGGAUCAAUCUCAGGAUGAAGGCGGUGCUAAGAAGGCUAAGACUUCGGAUUGGGAUGCUCCUGAUGCCACGACGCCGGGCCGGUGGGAUGCGACUCCGACACCUGGGAGAGUUAUUGAUGCUACUCCGGGGAGGAGGAAUAGGUGGGAUGAGACUCCGACGCCGGGGAGGUUGGUUGAUUCCGAUGCUACUCCUGGCGGUGUUACACCUGGCGCUACACCUGGUGCAACUACUUGGGAUUCAACUCCUAAGUUGCCUGGAAUGGCUACUCCAACUCCUAAGAGACAAAGAUCAAGGUGGGAUGAAACGCCUGCUACUAUGGGAAGUGCAACUCCGUUACCUGGUGCUACUCCUGCUGGUGCUUAUACACCUGGUGUUACUCCUGUUGGUGGUGUUGAAUUGGCUACUCCUACUCCUGGUGCUUUACAAGGUUCGUUCACUCCCGAGCAGUAUAAUUUGUUGAGGUGGGAGAGAGAUAUUGAAGAGAGGAAUCGUCCUUUGACUGAUGAGGAGCUUGAUGCUAUGUUUCCACAAGAAGGGUAUAAGGUUUUGGACCCUCCUGCUUCUUAUGUGCCAAUUAGAACUCCUGCAAGGAAGCUUCUUGCUACGCCUACGCCUAUGGGGACUCCACUUUAUCAAAUUCCCGAAGAGAAUCGUGGUCAGCAGUUUGAUGUACCCAAGGAAGCUCCUGGUGGUUUGCCUUUCAUGAAGCCUGAGGAUUAUCAGUAUUUUGGGGCUUUGUUGAAUGAAGAAAAUGAAGAGGAAUUGACUCCAGAUGAGCAGAAAGAGAGAAAGAUUAUGAAGCUUCUGCUUAAAGUGAAGAACGGUACACCCCCACAAAGGAAAACAGCUUUGAGGCAGCUAACUGAUAAGGCUCGUGAGUUUGGCGCUGGACCUUUGUUUAACCGAAUUCUUCCGUUGCUUAUGCAACCUACUUUGGAGGACCAGGAAAGACAUCUUUUGGUUAAGGUAAUUGAUAGAGUUCUUUAUAAAUUGGACGAAUUGGUUCGCCCUUACGUGCAUAAGAUUCUUGUUGUUAUUGAGCCCCUUUUGAUUGAUGAAGACUAUUAUGCUCGUGUUGAGGGGAGGGAAAUAAUAUCUAAUCUCAGUAAAGCUGCUGGCCUGGCUACUAUGAUUGCUGCCAUGAGGCCUGACAUAGAUAACAUUGAUGAAUAUGUUAGGAAUACUACUGCUAGAGCUUUCAGUGUUGUUGCAUCUGCUCUUGGUAUACCUGCUUUAUUGCCAUUCUUGAAGGCUGUUUGUCAGAGUAAGAAAUCUUGGCAAGCUCGGCACACUGGGAUUAAGAUUGUGCAGCAGAUUGCCAUUUUAAUUGGCUGCGCUGUGUUGCCCCAUCUGAGAUCUCUUGUGGAAAUUAUAGAGCAUGGUUUGAGUGAUGAGAAUCAGAAGGUAAGGACGAUCACUGCACUGUCUCUUGCCGCUCUUGCCGAAGCUGCUGCUCCUUAUGGUAUUGAAAGUUUUGACUCGGUGUUGAAGCCUCUGUGGAAGGGUAUUAGGCAACACCGCGGUAAGGUGCUGGCUGCGUUUUUGAAGGCAAUUGGGUUUAUCAUUCCAUUGAUGGAAGCCUUAUAUGCCAGCUACUAUACUAAGGAAGUCAUGCUUAUUCUGAUUCGGGAGUUUCAGUCACCCGAUGAAGAAAUGAAGAAAAUUGUUCUGAAAGUGGUGAAGCAGUGUGUGAGCACUGAGGGUGUGGAAGCUGAGUAUAUUAGAACUGAUAUCCUCCCUGAGUUUUUCAGAAAUUUCUGGGUUAGGAGGAUGGCUUUGGAUAGAAGAAACUACAAGCAACUUGUGGAGACGACAGUUGAGAUAGCAAACAAGGUCGGUGUUGCUGAUAUUGUUGGAAGAAUUGUUGAAGAUCUUAAAGAUGAGAGUGAACCUUACAGGCGAAUGGUCAUGGAAACUAUUGAAAAGGUCGUCACUAACUUAGGAUCAUCUGAUAUAGAUCCACGGUUGGAAGAGCUUUUGAUUGAUGGUAUUCUUUAUGCCUUCCAAGAGCAGACCAGUGAUGAUGCUAAUGUAAUGCUUAAUGGGUUUGGAGCAGUUGUAAAUUCACUCGGGCAGAGAGUAAAACCAUAUCUUCCUCAGAUUUGUGGUACCAUCAAGUGGAGGUUGAACAAUAAAAGUGCAAAGGUGAGGCAGCAAGCAGCAGACCUCAUUUCGAGGAUUGCUGUUGUCAUGAAGCAAUGCCAUGAGGAACAAUUGAUGGGUCAUCUUGGUGUUGUCUUGUAUGAGUAUCUUGGAGAAGAGUAUCCAGAAGUUCUUGGUUCAAUUCUGGGUGCUCUCAAGUCGAUUGUUAAUGUUAUUGGUAUGACGAAGAUGACUCCGCCUAUUAAGGAUUUGCUUCCCAGGCUGACUCCAAUCUUGAAGAAUAGGCAUGAGAAAGUCCAGGAGAACUGUAUCGACCUUGUGGGUAGGAUUGCUGAUCGUGGGGCUGAGUUUGUACCUGCCAGGGAAUGGAUGAGGAUUUGUUUUGAGCUUCUUGAGAUGCUUAAGGCACACAAGAAGGGAAUUCGUAGAGCUACUGUCAACACUUUCGGAUAUAUUGCGAAAGCCAUCGGACCACAGGAUGUCCUUGCAACUCUAUUGAAUAAUCUCAAAGUGCAGGAGAGGCAGAAUCGUGUAUGCACUACUGUGGCCAUUGCUAUUGUUGCAGAAACGUGUUCACCGUUCACAGUUUUGCCAGCACUGAUGAAUGAGUAUCGUGUGCCAGAGCUUAAUGUGCAAAAUGGUGUGCUCAAGUCUCUUUCUUUCCUCUUUGAGUAUAUAGGCGAAAUGGGAAAGGACUACAUCUAUGCUGUGACUCCUUUGCUUGAGGAUGCUCUUAUGGACAGGGAUUUGGUUCAUAGGCAGACAGCUGCAUCUGCUGUGAAGCACAUGGCACUGGGAGUGGCUGGUUUGGGUUGUGAGGAUGCGCUGGUCCAUUUGCUGAACUAUGUCUGGCCAAACAUAUUUGAAACAUCUCCACAUGUGAUAAAUGCUGUGAUGGAAGCCAUUGAAGGGAUGCGGGUAGCCUUGGGUGCUGCUGUUGUUCUUAAUUACUGUCUCCAAGGAUUGUUCCACCCUGCUCGAAAAGUUAGGGAAGUGUAUUGGAAGAUUUAUAACUCACUGUAUAUUGGAGCUCAGGACGCUCUUGUUGCAGCAUACCCUUCUCUAGAGGAUGAGCACAGCAAUGUUUACAGUAGAUCAGAGUUGAUGAUGUUUAUUUAGAUUACAAUUUAGACAAAUGAGAACUUUUGUUAGACAUCAAUGGAUUGGAUAUUCUACAUGACACUGCUAGAUUCAUCCAUCCUUGCUUCCGUCACUUUAGCUAGAGGAGUAUGAAUCUUGUUCAAUCAUUUCCUUCUCACAAGCUUCCUAUUGGGAGAUGCCACAAGUUUGGCAGAUUCAAGCAUCACUACUGUUGGAGCAGUGAAACUUUUGUUCAAAAUUUUUCUUCUCACGUCUUUUUUCGAAUUUGGUUAUUGUUUGAUUGAACAGAUUUUGGGUAACUAACUGGCUUCUAAGUUUUUAUUUUUGGGUUGGCUUUCCUUGUCGUGUGGGAUUCCUUUAUUGUCAGUUUUUUUUGGGUUGGCUGAGACAUUAUUAACUUGAUUUUGCUUGAGGUUGACUGUGACAGAAGCAGAUCAAUCACUAAGUAGUGCAGGUGCGUGUUCAAGCUAAUGUCUAACACCUGGGCCCUGUAGUGGUUGUUUCUGAAAACAGCAGCAUCAAAUGUAGCUCACUGUCCCAACCAAUGGGUUAGGGAUGCGUUUAGGUGCAGCAGGGACUGCCUGGCCUGCUUUCAAAAUGGAUGACAAGGUAGCACUGUCAGGUAACAUCCUUGCUGCAGACAUAUGAUACAUAAUGCCGUAAUAUUUUGUUGUGGAAAUGGUAUAAUAGAAUUUAUAGAUAGUCUACACGGUUCACUGACCUACACCUAUUUUUAUUUUAAAUUGAAAUUUGGUCUCUCUCUCUAUGGCAAUUUUCCGGACCAGAACUAAAAAUAUUGGAGUUCGAGGGAUGUAAUAUGCUGUUGGGUCUAAGGAAAACUCGGACUUUGACGUGGGACCUCCAAUAGAUGAUAUGUUGAAAAUGAAUGUUCAACCAUUUUUACUUUGUAGUUUCAAUAACUAUUAUGUACUAUUGAAAAGGGGAAUGUUUGUUUACUCACACCUUAACUACGCCAAAUUCAAGUAACAAACAUGUCUGGAUAUUGAAAUUCGUGUUUACUCGUUGCAGAUAUAUCAAACAAACAAUUUGGUCCA